AUGAAAGGGUGUUUACAGGCUACACGGCGCGUGCUCCAUCAGCGGCGCGACAGGGGCGGCAACACCCACAGCUUCCCCUUCGACACGCUCACCAAGGUCUACCGAGACACGGUGUACGCCACGCAGGCGCGGUACCAGGGCAACCCAAUGUACCCAGAACGUGACCCACCUAGAAAUGCCGCCUCUGAUGCUGCGACUGCUGCUGUUGCUGCAACUUCGCCGGCGUCGUCCUCGUCGCCAAGAUCGAACGUGACGAACCACGUCGGCAAUAUCGGCGUGAUGAGCCCGGCUGCGACGCCGCUGUCGGAGUGGAUGGAGGAGCUGCACCGGCAUCCCCACGCAGCCGACGGGGAUUCCGAUCACGGCCACGGGCAACACCAUAAUCAUCAUCACGAUGACGAACAUCCGCACCAUCACGGUGGGCGUUCCUCUUCGCUGUCACCGUCAGCGCCCACGAGGAUUGUCCGCGACGCGCACGCGUCGUCGCACGAUCAGCACGGCACCGGCUUUGCUGCUGAGACCGGCGAAUCGCCCACGACGACGGCCAUGGAGGAUGAGGCGGUACGCGAGCGGCUGCGGACGCACAUGUUCUCGGGAAAACGCGGUAGUCCUCAAACACGUGGCCCACACGCUCGCAACACUGGUGGCGCCGCCCCACGACACAGCGGGGUGCAGGUGGAUAUUUUGAACAUGUACCGCAGCAUGCUGCGAGAGGUGGGGCGGAUGGAGGACCCGGACACCCGUCGCAACUUGACCGCGUACAUCCGUUCUGAGUUUGAUAAGCACCGCGACGUCCCACGCAAGAACAUUUUAAAGAUUGAGUGGCAGCUGAAUUACGGGAAGCGUAAGCUGGAGGAUCUUCAGGCCAUGGGGAGGCACACGAAGUUUUCGAUGAUGCGGUGA